UUAUAGAGGAGACUACUUGGUUAUAUCUGUACUCUCUGUGUUCGAGCAUUUCAAUUGAAUUAAAAAAAAAGAAAUGUCUACAUCUUUUCUUGCUAAGAUAAAGUUUUGCCUUUAUUAGGUAGUAUUUUAAUGCGAAAAAAUCGCUUCAUGUACGAAAUUUAGCGCAGAUUUUUUUUCUUAUAGCACAACAGACUGGCAUGCUAAAAACAGACAGAUUCUGUACGAUUUCUUACUGUAGCACUCCCAAUCACACUAGAAGGAGAGCCUCGAACGAAAGUUGGAGGUUUUUGUGGAAAGAAAAAUCUUUUUUUUUUUCUAAAUGCCUUUUUGCAGUGUAGUUAGAAAAGGACAUUUCCAAGAAUUUCUUUCGGUUUAUGAUUUAAUAUUUGCUGAGGAUUCUAGAGAUGAAAAAAAAGCUCGUGAAAAGAUUCUGGUGUGGGAAUCCAAUGACUUGACCAUUCCAGAAGCUGUUGUUUCAACUCGCACGUUUCUCGAUGCUUCUAUAGCAGACAAUGAUUAUCAUGACACUAUAAAGGACAACCCCAAUUUUCUUAGCAAGGAAAGUGCACUGCAAGUAUUAUAUGCUGUGGCAAUUGAAAACUUUGUGAAAUUCUUUUUUUCUGAAAACAAAAAUAAAAUGGAAUUUCAAGAAAGUUCAGCUAACUCUCACUUCAUACAAGAGCUUCAAACAUGCUAUCAGUGUUUUACCAACAGUAGUAAAUUACCUUCUGUCAACGUUUUAAGGAAUGUGUCCAAGGGAUGCUUUCAGUAUUUAUUUGUGAAUUUCUGGGAACCUGAAGCCUUGAAUAUUCGGUCGCAGCUUAUGACACGUGUUCACUCAAAGCAACUAGCUUCAGGUUUAGUAGCUGUACUGCAAGAUCUUGAGUCAUUGGCACCUUCUGAUCCUCAUAUGGAAGCAUCUUUAAAAUCCUUACUAGGCGUUACCCCUUUAAGAAAGCAUGGCGGAGAAAAUUUUAUAUCUUUAAAAAAACUGUUACAAUGUGUCGCAAUGGUAGCUGGGUUGAAACAAAAAGAGACUAUGCGUGCGUUACGACGUUUUAAAAUUCCUGAGGUUCUUAGUGAGCCAGCAUUUAUAACUGCUGGUGCAUGGUGCCAGAGUUUACGAGAAGCUCUUCCUAGUUGCUUCAGUUUUAUUGACUGUAUUUUUCAUUCAUGUUCUCACGAAAAUGUUGCUCUAUCUUUUUUGAAAGAUUUUCUUUUGUUAAUGUACGACCCUGAAUUAGUGACAAAUGCCACUAUCAUUUUAACAGUUUUCUGGAUUCUCUCAAAAGUGUCCGUAACAUUUAUUGAUAGACUUGUUGCUAGUUUUAUUUAUGCAAUAACGGGUCUGCAAGUUCAAAAGGGAAAACCAGCUGUUCAUCCUACAUCUUCAUCUUCUUCUCUUCAUGACUCUUCUCACACUCGUGAUUCGAAUAUUACUUUUGAUCAUCAAUCGUUUUCCCUGUGGCUUCGCACAAUGGGAAUUUCUAAUGAACAGGAGAAACAAACAAGGUUAUAUUUGGAAAGUGAUUUUGGGUAUCAAUCACGUUUGUUAAAGUGGCUUAAAUGUUUAUUUCUCUUACCACAAAGUUUAAACUCCGGUGAUGAUAUUUAUGGGCUUCCGGAUAAUAUAGAUUUUCUGUUACAUUUAUUUUGUGGCCUUCAAUUAAACUCUUUCUUUCAACAAUUUUCCUUGUCUGGUGGUAGCAUGAAUCGUCAUAGUUCUUUACCUGCAAUCGUUUUCAAAGAUGCUUUUUGUCAACGUUUUAUUAGCGUUGUGACUACGACACACACACGCAUUGUAGCUUCAUGUCAGAGUAUGCUUGAUUUACUUGCAUACGGUACAGUACAAUGUCUGUUGAAGAAGGAAAAUGUGGCAUCAGAGCGUGGACUACGAAGUAUUUUACGAUUAUUUGAGGAAAUGGAGGUGUUACGAGUUAAAAACGUAGAAGGUAAAUUUAUAGAAUGGCUUACUCAGCGUGUUGAGUAUAGCGUAACACCAUCUACAAUGAGUAAACGUGGCGCAUUACAACGCUUGUAUCCUAUGGCUGAAAGACGCAGUUUAGGAGAUUCAGGAUACAAGCGUCGUAGCAGUACAUCAUUAUUUCAAGAAUUCUCCUCACGUUUAAUUAGUCGACAAGCUAAACUUCAGCGUCUUGAUGAUGGGACCUGGAUUGACGUCAACUAUCCCGAAAUAACAACACCUCCCGCACACCACGCAUAUCUAACUAACCAUUCAUGCGAUUCUUCGCCCUCCCGUAGUAAUACUACGAAACACGAGCCAGUACCUUUUCUUACACCUUUCCUGAAUCCUAGCUCAAAACAUUGUGAAGCAUAUUUUGAUGACGCGUUACAAUGCGGCUCAACCACUUCAAUGCAGAACAUACCUUUACCAAAAGAUUCCCUAUUUGUAAAACAUUUUAGGUUGAAACGACAGCACGCGCCAAGCUGUAUACCACAAGAGCACUGUAAAAGGUUUCGUGAUAUUGAGGCAUUAACUCAUAAUGAGUGUAGUGACGAUGCUCAUUCAUUUUUUAACGUAAAAACAAUGUAGAGAUGAAACUAUUAAAAUCAGUAUAACAGGUAUACGCAACAUUAAAAUGUUGUCGCAAUUCCAUGUUCUUGGUAUUGAAUUAUUAAAACGCGGCAUUAUUAUCCUAACAUGAGUAGCAAAUAUAGCAGUGAGAAACGGCUAGUAAUGGCAAAUCUUUACUUUAAUAUAUUAAAAAGCUUAAAUUGUUGGAAGGGGUUUAUUGUACACUCACUUGAAAAACGUGUAUGUUUGAUUUGUUGGGUUUUUUCAUCGAAAAUCCACUGCGAUUCUUCGUCACAUUUCGACGAGUAUUGAACGAGGUCUUAUAAUUCCGUUGGAAUCCCAAAAAAAAAAUUGAAGAUUGCAUUGUGUCCAAACAACUUUGUGUAGGGAUACUUUCAAUUGAUCCUGAAAAUGUAGUAUUUUUUUCUAACGGAUCCAGAACAAAAAGCUUCAGCAAUGGAGCCUAAAGGUAAAGCCAAUGGUCCAUUAAGUUUUUCAACCAAAUUCGCAUAUUCAUCCAUCCAUACAUGAGCUACUCUUAAUUUAUUACGUUUGAUUUCCUCAUAUGAUACAAAGGAUGAACUAGAACACGACCACCGCACAUCCAUGUUUUAAAACCUAACUCCAUCUCUUCUCCACCAUAAUACUUUAACUCCUUAUCAUAAUAGCCUAUACUUUUAAACCAUUCAUGUUCUAUUGCGAAAAGUCCACCAGCU